AGUUGAGAGUGCGAAGUGGGAGUAUGUUGGGUAUUUGAGCGUUGGGUAUUUUUUGCUCUCUCACGAGACACUCGCUUCUGACCACACAAUAAAACGUCGAAACAGCUGAUUUUCACCUGCAAAGAGUUGCAUUUUCAUUGACAAGUCUCUCUCAUUCGGUGCAGGGGAAAAUCUCAGGGGGAUUUGAAUUGGUCCAGAAGUAUCUGGGAUUGUGCUUUGAGAGGAUGUGCAAUUAAGUGGGUGGAAAAAAUUGACCUAGUGUGCAGAAUUUUGGGGAAUUUUUGUGCCUGUGACAUGGAGAAUGAUGAACAGGACGAGAUUUACUCCAACUGGCAUCUCAUUCCUGAACCCAUUCUCCUCAAAAUCUUCUUUUACCUCACACCGCGGGAGAUUCUAAAUUCUGGAGAAACUUGCCGUCGUUGGUGUGAUAUCUCCAGAGAUGACUAUUUGUGGCGCAAAGUCUUCAAAAGGGACUUCAAAGUCGACAAAAAUAUUGGCCUAAAGCCAGGAGCUGAGUCAUGGAGUUCAGAAUUCAGACGACUCACCAAUAACAUCCCAAUGGUGCUUACGGAUGUCCUCACAGAACACUCCCAUCAGGUUCUUCAUGUGAGCUUCUCGCACAAUGGAAAAUACUUUGCCACCUGCUCCAAGGACGGUUUCGUCAUUGUAUGGACAUCGUCUUACCCUUCCAAGACGGUCUUCUCACACAAUAUGAAACACUUCAGCUGGAAAUAUACCCAAUACUCCCAGUUUAAUCAGAGUGAUACACUCCUGCUGGUCUCGGGAGUACACUUUGGCUCUCCCCAGACGUCUUCCGGUGAAAUUGCUGUAUUCAGCGUUCAGUCAGAUUCUCAAUUGCGCUGCAGAAUCCUCAAUCGUCCAUAUGACAUCUUUGGUACUUGGUUCAGUGAUCAAUUUCUCAUUUCUGGAGAUAUUCACUGGCUCGCCCAUCUCGUCAGUACAUCCAUACUCUGGCUUAAUAAAGCCAAUCAGGAAAUCGACUCAGAACAUGUGCCAAUUAUGAAUCAACUCUACAAAUUCUACAAUCGCAACGGAAGUUCCAUCAGGGCUGUCAUGAUAGCCAAUUGCCCAUGGCUGGAGGAUGAAGAGACUGAGGAAAAGGGUCCUGGAACAUCAGAAGUCUUCCUGGAACCAUCAACGUCCCUAGAUGAGGAUAAAUGUGCUGGGAAUCCUGUAUCACAUACUAAAAUUGGUGCUUCCUGCCCAAGUACCAGUUCCCAAAUGGACAGUGUAGAAAUACCCUAUCAACCUCUGGCCAAUCUUGAUUAUGCCAGUCCCAUUCACUACAGUGACGAAUUUCGCCGAGAAUAUGAAGAUAGUCACUGUGAAUCCCUUUCGGAUGACUGUCUCGAAGACGAAGAAGAGGAAAUGUUUGAGGAAGAUGAUGAAGAUCUCGAAAAUCUCUGUCCAAAGUAUUUAAUCUUCUCUUUGGGAUCCAAAACCUACACACCCCAUCAGAUUGGCUUCAAACGCAUCAAAAAUGUUAACUUCCCGAAAAAACUUGAUCUAGGACCCUCCCUCAAGGAGCGUAUUGCCCAAAGGAUUCGCGAAAGGUUGGCCAAUGAGCCAAGAGUUGAGCAUGAUUGGCAAAAUUAUGAAGCAGUAGCUGAUCGAUUUGACAAAGUGGACAAAUUGAUAGACUUGCAUGGACACAUUAUUGGCAUGGGACUAAGUCCGGAUCAUAGAUACUUGUAUGUGAAUAGUAGACCCUGGCCAAAGGACUAUGUAAUCUCAUCUCCAAUGGAGCCCCCACCAAUUGCCCAAGAAAUUGACAUUCAUGUCAUUGAUUUGGCCACCCUGAAGCGUGUUGGAACCAUGCUAAGAGCACACAAGGCUUACACUCCCAACACUGACUGUUUCUUCAUCUUCUUGGACGUCUGUGAAAACUAUGUGGCCAGUGGUGCUGAGGACAUGCAUGCUUACCUUUGGGAUCGCUUCUACGGAGUCUGUCUGGCCAAAUAUCCCCACACCGAAGUAGUCAAUAGCGUCGCUUUCAAUCCCCGUGACAAUGAAAUGCUCGUAACGACAAGUGAUGACUACAAAAUCAAGGUGUGGAGAUCUGUGGAAAAAUCAAAAUUCCUCAACUUGGACGUUCAGCGUCGAGCAGUGGAGUUCAGGACACUCAUGAAAUGAGGCGUUUUCAGCUCUCUAAGGACACUUUUCCCAUUGUUUCUGAUCCUUGUAAAAUAUGGCGUUAAUAUGACAUAUCUUUAGAUGAAAA